GUUCAAAAAUAUGCAAAAAUAUGAGAAACUUGAAAAAAUCGGUGAAGGAACCUAUGGUACGGUAUUUAAAGCCAAGAAUAAAGAAACACACGAAAUCGUAGCGCUCAAACGUGUUAGAUUAGACGACGACGAUGAAGGAGUACCAUCUUCCGCUCUUCGUGAAAUAUGUCUUCUCAAAGAAUUAAAGCAUAAAAAUAUAGUGCGACUUUACGAUGUAUUGCACAGCGAAAAGAAAUUAACCCUAGUGUUUGAACAUUGUGAUCAAGACUUAAAAAAAUACUUCGAUAGUUUGAAUGGAGAAAUAGAUCUAGAUGUUGUGAAAUCAUUCAUGUAUCAAUUACUUCGAGGACUAGCUUUUUGUCACAGCCACAACGUUCUCCAUAGGGACUUGAAGCCACAGAAUCUCUUAAUAAACAAGAACGGUGAAUUAAAGUUAGCUGAUUUUGGUCUGGCCAGAGCUUUUGGCAUACCAGUAAAGUGCUAUUCCGCUGAAGUUGUAACCUUAUGGUACCGGCCUCCUGAUGUAUUAUUUGGUGCUAAGUUGUACACAACAAGCAUUGAUAUGUGGUCUGCUGGAUGUAUAUUUGCAGAACUUGCAAAUUCGGGCAGACCGCUAUUCCCAGGUUCAGAUGUUGAUGAUCAAUUAAAGAGGAUUUUUAAGCUUUUAGGUACACCCAAUGAGGACACAUGGCCUGGAGUAACUCAACUGCCGGACUACAAACCUUUGCCUGUUUAUCAGCCAAGUUUAGGCCUCGCCCAAGUUGUACCAAGAUUGCCGGCUAGAGGUCGAGAUCUACUCGCUCGGCUGCUCACCUGCAAUCCAGCUUUAAGAAUGCCAGCUGAUGAUGCAAUGGCGCAUGCGUAUUUCCACGAUCUCAAUCCGUCAGUCAAGAAUGAUCGAUGUUAACAAUCAAUCCAUCCGUACAAAUGUACGUCAGAACUUAUUUAUUG